AUGACAAGGGAGAUGAAGGGUUGGAGGAGGACAAGGUUGAAUACCUCUCCAGGAAUAACUUCCCAAAGGAAAUAUUUUAAAAUUAAUCCUUUUUCAUCUCCAACAGACUUUGAAGCAAGUUUUAUACGACUGAUUGACAAAGUGACCAAUGGCUCUAGGAUUGAGAUAAACCAAACAGGUACCACCCUGUAUUAUCAGCCUGGCCUUCUGUACGGGGGCGUGUUGGAACAUGACUGCAGCCCUCACCGUAGUAUUGGCUAUUAUUUGGAAAGUCUGCUCUGCUUGGCGCCUUUCAUGAAACAUCCAUUAAGAAUCGUCCUCAGAGGAGUAACCAAUGACCAAGUAGACCCUUCAGUGGAUGUACUUAAGGCAACAGCUCUGCCCUUGCUGAAGAAAUUUGGAAUCGACAGUGAAAGUUUUGAACUGAAGAUCACUAGAAGAGGAAUGCCUCCAAAAGGAGGUGGGGAGGUGAUAUUUGCCUGUCCAGUUAGGAAAGUCUUGCGACCCAUUCAGUUCACAGACCCGGGCAAAAUCAAACGGAUCAGAGGAACAGCGUAUUCUGUCAGAGUGUCACCACAGAUAGCAAACAGAAUUGUGGAUUCUGCAAGAAGCAUCCUAAAUAAGUUUAUACCAGAUAUUUAUAUCUAUACAGAUCAUAUGAAGGGGACCAGUUCUGGAAAGUCUCCAGGUUUUGGCCUGUCUCUUGUUGCAGAAACCACCAAUGGCACUUUUCUGAGUGCUGAACUGGCAUCUAAUCCCCAGGGCCAGGGAACUGCAGUGCUCCCAGAAGAACUUGGCCUCAGCUGUGCAAAGCUGCUGCUUGAGGAGAUUUACAGAGGAGGCUGUGUGGAUUCAACAAAUCAGAGCCUGGUUCUGCUCCUCAUGACCCUUGGACAGCAGGAUGUUUCCAAAGUCCUAUUAGGACCUCUGUCUCCAUACACAAUUGAGUUUUUGCGACAUUUGAGAAGCUUCUUCCAGAUUAUGUUCAAAAUUGAAGCCAGGCCACCUCAUGAAGAACUCAAGGGUGGAGAGAAAGUGUUGAUGACGUGUGUUGGCAUUGGAUUUUCCAACCUUAGCAAAACAAUCAAAUGACAAAACAACUGCAGUUUUAAUGAAAAUGUGACAUCAAAACUAAUACAGCAAAGAUACAAUGUAACACUGUACACACAAAAUGGUUGUGCCUGUUCUUCUUUCUCCUCCAGAAUAAUGUAGUGGCUGCUAUGUGCAACUGUUUAAGAAUAUUAUGAAUUUUCACUUUUAUCUCUUUAUGGAGGCAUUAAGGAAAGCAGCCUUAACAAAGAUGACCAAAAAGAGAAUUUGCAAUGCAAAUAAUUUACCAAAAUGUGGAGAGAGGAGUAACAUUACAUAGCUGUGUCAAAGAAAUACCAACAUUGAAAUAAAUUCAGCUCAAACUAGAGCAAUAUUUGUUUUCAGUUGUACAUGCAGAAUUUGAAUCUUGAGUGGGCAUUAGAUAAGGACCAUAAAGUCAGGGAGAGACACUCUUACUGAUGAAAUGGGCUUUAUUCAAGCUUAGUGAACUGCAGGUACGGGAAUAAAGUAGAAAUAUCUUUAAUGUAACUUUUUUUUAAAUUAGAACAUAAGACAUUUGCUAUACUGUAUCCAAUUCAACUUUCUUGCUGUAGGAGCAGGGGUAGCCCUUUGGACUAGAUUUUUUUACCUGUAAAUUGUUUUAUAUCAGAGCCAUGAUUACUAUUUUUAAGAAGGCCCAGGUUGGUUUGUUUACAGUAUUUCAUAUACUCCAGAAUGAGACUCUUCUGAUCAUUUGGGAAAGGUGGCAACACAAUGCAGUAGCCACAGGAGUUUGGACUAAAUAUAUCUCAUCAGGGAAUUGUCUUGUGCGGCUGCAAUCUUUGGUGAGAUGUUUGGUUGGGGUUCCUGUCUUAAUGUGUCUCAAGUUUCCAAAUGAUGAAAUAUCACAGAUUUUUUUUCUAUACAGCAGAGGGGAGUGGUUGAACCUAGUGCACAUGUGUUAGUUUAGUAUUGGGCUGCUUUUGUACAAGGAAAAAAGUAUUAUGCACAUGGCCACAGAUUGAAGUAAUUUUCCUCAGUAUAACAAACAGUGAGGAUGACUAAUUUAAAUUGAAACCAUUUCAAAAACUGUACCACUGGUAGUACAAUGGUCAUAAGCCUGUACAAAUUAUAUUGAUCACUAUAUACUGUGAUUAAUAUAGCAUUACAUCAUUAGAAACUCAUGAGAAUGCAUCCUUAUCCAUUACCAUUGCAAGAGAUGCAUCCAUAACAUGAUAGAUAUAUGUUGCCCCACACAGGAAUUUGACAGAAGACUAUAUUUAUGAUUAGUACUGUGCUGUAAAAUAUUGGAGACAACAAUACUCAUGUACUUGAAAUUCUGUGGGGGGUUUUGUAGCAAUCUGAUUAUGCAUUUAGAAAAAUAAAAUUGAAUAUUUUUUUUUUCCUAAA